CGCAUUCAUUAAGCUGUUAGACCUUGACGGCGUGCUUGUUCAUUCCGCGUGACACUGGUAAUGAAGAAACAUAAAGUUGGAGCUGGUGAUGUGGGAGCUAUUCAGGCAUCUGAGUCCUUUGCGGUAAUUUCAGAGGACAAGAAACCUACUUUGGAUUGCAGUCAAUGGCCAUUAUUGUUAAAAAAUGUUCAUCUUAUGAAUGUACGCGAGUGCCAUUUUGAGGCCGACACAACAGGUUACUCUCCUUUACACAGACCUCUGGAUGAAUACAUCAAGAGUGGAGUCAUCAACCUCGACAAGCCAUGCAACCCGUCGUCGCAUGAAGUUGUUGCGUGGGUGAAAAGAGCCCUUGGAGUCAACAAAACUGGUCAUAGUGGUACUUUAGAUCCCAAAGUUUCAGGUUGUCUUAUUGUCUGUAUCGACCGUGCUACUAGGCUAGUGAAGUCUCAACAAAGUGCUGGUAAGGAGUAUGUGUGCAUAUUUAGACUUCACGAGUCCGUGAACGAGAUCAAAAAGAUACAAAAAGCUGUAGAAGGGCUAACUGGAGCACUAUUCCAGAGACCCCCACUAGUUGCUGCUGUUAAGCGCCAACUCAGAGUUCGUACAAUAUACGAGUGUAAACUGUUAGAGUAUGAAAAAAGUAAAAAUUUGGGGCUAAUAAUGGUGCGCUGUGAGGCUGGAACGUAUGUUCGGACGCUUUGCGUGCAUUUGGGCUUGCUUCUAGGUUGUGGAGGUGUUAUGGAGGAACUUAGGCGGUCGAAAACUGGUUUUAUGUCUGAAAGGGACAACCUGGUCACUAUGCAUGAUAUACUAGAUGCUAAGUGGCUUUAUGACAAUAGGCGAGACGAAACUUACUUGCGUCGUGUUAUAAUGCCUCUUGAAAAGCUGCUAAUCAAGCACAAACGAAUUAUGCUUAAAGAUACUGCCGUGUGCGCUAUUUGCUUCGGUGCGAAACUUAUGUUGCCUGGCGUACUCCGUUACGACAACGACAUCAAUGUCAACGAUGAAAUAGUCUUAAUGACUACCAAAGGCGAAGCCGUAGCUCUUGCUGUUGCACUAAUGACUACUGCAACAAUCGCGACGUGUGACCACGGAUUAGUCGCAAAAUUGAAAAGAGUAAUAAUGGAGCGUGAUCUUUAUCCUCGCCAGUGGGGUCGUGGUCCUGUUUCCAUGGAAAGAAAAAAGCUUGUUGCUCAAGGUUUACUUAAAAAGUUUGCCAAAUCUGACGGUGUGGCGAAUACACCGAACUUUGUUGGAUCCAAAAUGGAAGUGAGUGAAGCUGGGGAAGCUGUAACACGGCGAAUUAAAGCACCAAAUCCUUCCGACUCAAGUGACGAUGAAAUGACAAGCAAAAAUUUGAACGAUCACGACGGUGAGGAUACGGGAGCUGAAGAAUCAUCAUCCGACGACAGUGACUGACUCUAUUUUUCAGAUCUAUGAAUAAACUGUAUAUUUUCUCGCAA